UAACCUUCAACAAACAUAUGAAGAAUGAGAACUAAUUAUUGUAAUUCCCUUGCAGUUUGAUCCUUAUCAGACCCAGGUUAUUUUAAAUAAUUGAAAUGAAAGUUUUUGUGAAAUAUCUAACCGCCGAGACACCGGCGACGUUCCAACAGAUUAUUGGCAAUUUUAAAGAAACACAGAACAGAACAAAACUCUUCUUUCAUGUGCUUGCACAUUUUGGUUAGUAACGUGUUUCCUAGAACAUAUUCGGUGUCUUGAUGAUAGACUAUCUAAUUGCGAGGCGUUUUUUAAUAGACCGACAUUCGUUACACAUACGAAACAGUUGCGUAAAAACAAAACUGGCCUGCUAUUCCCACUGAAAUGAGAAUUAAGUUUGAAUGCCUAUAUUGAUCUACAGGAUGCAAAAUAAUGUAGCCUAUAUUUUAUGACCGCUGCACCUCCAAUUUACGAAGUAUAGUCAUGACGAAUAGACCACUAUUUUCUUUGUGAUAUGUUUUUUCUCAAAUCGCCACAUUUAGAAAAGGUCACGGCAAUAUAUUGCUAUAGGGUGUGUGCUUGCUUUUUCAAGUUUAGUAAGUUUAGCAACGUCUCUUGAGGCAAAGGCUGAGCUCGAAAGCUGCAAGAAACGCCUGACAAAAUGUGGAUAUUGAUGGAAUGUAAUCAGCCGUAAAACACGAUUUUAUUUAAAACAGAAAACAAAUUUUCUCUUCAUGUUAUUAUUUUCGGGUUGUUGUAUUUAUUUAUUUUUAUUAUAGAAUACAAUGGCAGUGUAGAACGAACAUUUUUAAUGCGCACGGGUAAGAUGUAGGCUAACACUGGACGUUUGGAACAUUUUAUUCAUCAAUCAAUCAAUCGAUCAAUCAAUCAAAACUUUAUUUCGGACUCAAGGUCCAUAUAAAAGGCAGAACAUUACAUAGAUAAAAUUACUCAUUACUUAUCGCCAAGGUUGUAUUGCAGCCUGUAGAGGGAGCCACAUCCUACCUAGAUAGCACUACAAUCUUAAAGUUGGAAUCGGAUGAAGGAGAAGUCCGUGAUACAGUGGUGGUGUGCAACCUGCACGGAACGGAGCACCGCCCCUACAUUCCACGCGCACCGCAUGUUCACAGCGAUUGUUGUUAAUAAUAAACCGUCCGAUUAAGCCAGAGGUUACUCCUCCGUCAAGCGGGUAGAGAACGCCAGGUCCGACGCUGCAAGUGCGGAACAAUCAAAGGGAUUGAUCUUAAGUGCCGAAGCCGUUUGUUAAGAGAGGGAGCAUAUUUUACAGGUAUCGUUAAUGUGCGCAUGCAUGUACAGUGCAUUGGCAUAAGGACGCGUUUAUUCAAGGUUGCUUCAGACUCUUCGCUAUGUACAGGAUCUGUUUGUGUUUAUAUGUGGCCAUCAAUUGUGUUGGUUCUCAAGAGGUAGAAGAACCUAUCUCCUACACGUGCACAGAUGGCUACACAUUUGAUCCUGUCUUACAAAUAUGCAAAGACGUUAACGAGUGCGCCAUCAUGCCGGACGCCUGCAAAGGGGGCAUGAAGUGCAUAAACCAUUUCGGCGGGUACCUGUGCCUCCCCCAAAACGCCAAGAUCUACAUCAGCAAUGGGGACGAGGACGCCCCUUCCCCCACGCCCGUGCCGACGCCGGCGCCACGCCCCCCGCCCGUCCGCCGGGUGAUACACAGCCAGGCCGUCUCCAUCCGGUGCGCCGUGGGAUUCACGCUGGACGAGCAGAACUACUGCAGGGAUAUAGACGAGUGCAACACAGGUAGACACACCUGCAGCUCAGAUCAGGUGUGCUACAACACCAGAGGCUCCUACAACUGCCAGUGUCUGCCUGGCUACCAGAAGCAUGGGGAUCACUGUGUGGACAGGGACGAGUGCCUCCAGGCGCAUUACUGCAUGCACCGAUGCAUCAACACUCAGGGAUCCUACUACUGCGAGUGCAACACUGGCCACAAGCUCGCCACCAACAAUCACUCCUGCAUAGAUGUGAACGAGUGCGAGGGCUCAAACCCGUGCCAGCACCAGUGCAUUAAUGUCAUCGGCUCCUUCGUCUGCCAGUGCGACCAGGGCUACGAUUUAGCGUCCGACUCCCGGUCCUGCCAGGAUAUCGAUGAGUGCAGCUUCUCCAGCUACAUGUGCCAGUAUCAGUGCGUGAACAACCCUGGUGGGUACUCCUGUUCCUGCCCUGAUGGAUACCAGCUCCAGGGAUCAAGGUUAUGUCAAGACAUAAACGAGUGCGAAAGGGGCCACACCUGCCGGGACGAUGAGAGGUGCCAGAACUACCACGGAGGGUUCCGCUGCUAUCCCAGAAACCCCUGCGAGGAGCCCUACGUGAGGACUGCCGAAAACCGUUGUGUCUGUCCGUCGAUGACGAGCGCCUGCCAGGGCCUGCCCACCACGGUCGUGUACAAGUACAUGAGCAUCCUAUCGGAACACUCGGUGCCCGCCGACAUCUUCCAGAUCCAGGCCACCAACAUAUACCACAACACGCACAACUCCUUCCAGAUAAAGGCCGGGAACGAGGACGGGGAGUUCUUCUUGAGGCGUUCCAGCAACCUGAGCGCCAUGCUGGUGGUGACCAAGCCCCUGUCCGGUCCGCGGGAGCAGAUCGUGGACUUGGAGAUGACGACGCACAACAGCGUCAUCAGCUACAGCUCCAGCUCCUUGCUACGGCUCACCAUCAUCGUGGGGCCGUACACAUUUUAAUGUCCCCCUCGCCCCCCUUCCCCCCCCCCCCCCUUGCUGGGACGCGUGCCACUGCUUCUUACGUACAGUACAAGACAGCCCAAACGCUACAGCAAUAGCCACUUAAUGCAGCAUACGAGACAUUAUUGAACAGCUUGCUUCAGCUCAAGUGAAAGGUGUUGUACUAUCUGAGGAGAAACACAACAGGACGGUAGGGGCGGCAGUGUAGAGUUAGCGGUUAUUCAGGCUAGAGAACCGGGCUUGUAACCAAACUUCGCAGGUUCGAUUCUCAACUAGGACAUUGCUGUUGUACCCUUGAGCAAGGUACUUAACCUCCAUUGCUUCAGUAAUAUAUCCAACUGUGUAAAUGGAUGCUGUGUCAGAGAUGCUAAAGAUAAGAGCGUCUGCUAAAUGCCAGCAAUGUAAGGACCCUUCUCAUACUGCACACUUCUUACACGUGCCUUUUUUUAGUACUAUUAACCUUUUUACAGAAGUAAAUUAAGCACUGCUGCUGGCCUCCGUUUAUCCAAUCCCCCCCCUGGCAGGGCCAAUGUUCCAGUUGAAUUUAAAAAAAUCAUUUGAAUCAUUGCCUGUGGCAUUUUUUUUACACUGACUAAUAAGGGGCUUUUACCCAGGUCAGAUAAAAACCUGGCUGGAGAAAAUAAAAAAUAAAACCAGGUGCAAAUAUAGGUGUCAUUAUUAUUGGUGAGUGUUUUCCUGCUGCACCUCGAUCCCUUUAAGUCCUUUCGCGGUCAAGGUGUCUGGCUCACUCUGUCAUAAUUGGACCCUUGAUGUUUCCACACCAACACUUACACGCCAUACCAGGUGGCCGAACAAGACGACACACUGCAUUUAACGGCAGAUUCCGCCAAAUCACAAUAAUAAUUUGAUAGCACAUGCCUCUUGUUUGGUGAAAAAUAUAAUUGAUCCGUCUACAGACUAUCGUUUUCAGACGGUUGCAGUCGUAUACGGGGAUUUUGAUCUUAGGACCAAAAGCACCCACUUAACGUCGAUGAAUGAGAGAGUGCCAGUUCGACACAGGCUUCAUACAAUAAGCGGUUUAUUAAAGCAGUUUAUUAGGAUGUACACAUGGAGACGUGCAGAAACAGCUCCCUCUUUUGGACCUUGAUACGGUCCAGGAAGGUCAGGUAAUUAUUAGCUCUUCUGUACUGCAUAUAUGUAAGGAUCUAGAAUUGAUAAUGUUUGGAUUUUGAAAAAAAAAAAAGAGAAAAGCAUUAUGUACCCAAGCACGUCCAGAGAAUGUUUUGGUUUUGAAUUGCCACCUCCAAUUGGAAUCCCGCCUACAUGAUUCAUCAGCAGUAGCAAUUGUCCUAUGGUUUAUUAUUAAAGCACAUUCUCAGACGUUGGGCAGAGUUAUUCCCCAUAGUAUACCCCAUGCCCUGAGAACACUUUCUACCAUCAAUAAAGAUUGGACAAGAUGGAACUGUCUGUGUUGAAGUCUGAUGCAGCCUUUAUUUAAUUUGUAUGAGGCCUGCUUUACUUUAGUAACAAACCCCAGGUGUUACAAAGUAAUAGCAAUUUUUCAAAGCAGUAUUCAGGGAAAUGCUGCAUAUUUUCAGAUCUUUGGACUACAGGCAAGGGGAUAAUUUAAUAAUUUAGUAAUGGCUGCAGACGCCAGACCCAUAUUGCCUUUACGUACUGGGCCUGGCAGUACUGUUUUUUCCUGUUUCUCUCUGAAACUAGUUGUAAAUGGCAAUGUUUUCCCGUAUUGAGGUUGGGCAUGUUGAGUGGACCAAUUCCAGACCCUUCAACAAGUGCUAGCUUGCUGUGGUAUGGCAAAGACUCUGGGUGCCAGGCUAGCUACUGCAGGUUUUUUCAUUUUUGUUACGACUGUCAGAAAACUCUAUGGUUAUGGUCGAAAGAAUCUUUACACAUAGUGCCUCGAGGCAUUAGCACACUGCGUUACUAUACCACUACUUUUGAUUCCAGACUGUCAGUUUCUAAUAGGGCUUCUGGAAACAUUUGAUAACAGGAUGCCUGUGCCAGGAAAGUUAUCUGAUUGGUGGUAGCAGAUCUGUACUGCUUGAUUUGGUUGGCUGACAUGGUGUGUUGUUUCACACAAUGCUGCAUGCAGAAGGGAUUCUAGAGAGGUAUUCAUUUAGCAGAGUACAUCCAGAUAAUAUUUGGGUUUUGAAUUGCCACCCCCUAACAAAAUCCUGAUUACACUAGAUUGGACAGUAUACCCCGUAUCCUGAUUUCCAUUGAGGCUAGUAUACCCCCUACCCUGGUUUCCAAAGAGGUUAGUAUACCCCUUCCUGAGCACCAAGGUGGCUAGUAUACCCCUUAUCCUGAAUUUCAAUAUUGUGGUCUCAUUCUGCGAAUCAUUCUGAAUUAUUUCUCAUUGGUAACACCUUGAAUUCCUCUUUUGUGUUUUACACAGAUCCUGAUAAAUAAUGUGUGUAUUGAUGAUACCAUGGAAUCAUGCUGCUUUGCAGUUUAUAGAAUGCUACUAUUUUGAUAUGAAAUUUAAGUGCCUUAAAAUCAUCAACAGUUUACACUGUCCAUCACCUAUAAACCUUUGUACUUGUGUUCUAUUUAAAUCUGUAUUUUCCCUGUCUUUGAAUGCCCUUUAUCUCUGAUGUGCAUAGAAAUUUUGUAAUGAAAUAAAAUUAAAUUGUAGUUUUUCAUGUGCAUCACUCUGUUUGACACCAUGUUUAAGCAUCCAUUCCAGGGUAGGACACUGACAUUUUGCCUACCAUACUUCAGGUGUGAUUUUAUACGAAAACCUUUUUUUCAGAAAAUACACUUGUGUUUCAAAA